AUUAGUAUAUAAAGCUUUACCCCCUCGGUCAAAACAGACCAUCUCGUGGUGUUUUAUUUUGAAGAUUGUACUAUCAGGCACAGCAUUAUGCCAGUCUUAAGCGCUAUCGCUGUUUGCGUCUUGCUUGUUGGAUGCAGUGCCGCAGUUCAGGGAUACCAUGUUGUUGGAAAGUUUGGCAACCAGAUUAUCCCCUUCGACAUCACAUUCGGCAAGGACAUAAUGGAUGUGAAGGCAUAUAAACCAGCGAAUGCUCCAGACAACUUCAGGGCAACAAGCAACCUUCACGUCUUUUCAACGAAUUUUGUUGCCAUAAAGAAUGCAGCCGAUCAACAGUGUUACAUUCAACGAUUCAACGCCACAAUGGCAGGCAUGAAGAAUCGUGUAGAAGAGGCUAAACGUGCUAAUGGUGUGCUGGACGGCGUUAAAGAGGAAUGGGUGAGAGCAGAUAAACUAUUUCCCCUGAAGACGUGGACCGUCGAACUCCUCUUUGGACAGCAAAUAGCUGACUUCUGUGCAGAUCAUGCAGUAUUCCUGGUUGACAGCAGCUACUCCGGAUUAGUUGAUCCAACACACGUCAACCCUAGCAUGCGAAGAAAGAGAGGAUUAUUCUUUAAUUGGAGGCCAAAAGUCAAGUGCGUACUACAGAUAGCACAACGCGUUACAAGCGGCUACGUGUAUGAUCCUUGUAACACCAACUUUCCAAUAGUCUGUUAGACCAACUGCAUGCUUCACAACAAAGAGACAAGACCCAAUGGUGCCAACUACUGUUUGCUGAUUCAGUUGUUGCAGGAAGUAAGGCCAAGUCAAGUACCUGUUUGUGAUGCCAUCCAAGUAUCACAUAAAUCGGCAUUUCAAGAUGAAUAUAUUUUUGUCAAUAAAACCAUAUUUUUGUUA